UCUUAGAUGGGUACAUAUACACUUGUUACAUGUAAUAACAUUGUUACAAUAACCAGAUUAAUUAUGGCUGCGCAGGUCAUUGUGGCAGUAUUGUUGUGUGUGUCAGCCCUCUAACGUCACUCAUGAUUGAUCAGAAAUCCAAACUGCUUCCUAGAGGAUUGAAGUGUGAAUUUGUAGGAGAAGCUCAGACUGAUGACAACGCUGUGGGGGAAGUCUUGACAGGCAAAGUGCAAUUAGUUUUUAUAAGCCCAGAAAACCUUUUGGGCAAUCCUACUUUUCGAACAAUGUUUUUAAAGAAGAUCUACAAAGAUAACCUUGUUGCUCUUGUCAUUGAUGAGGCCCAUUGUGUAAAGACAUGGUUAGUAAAUAUAUUACCUGCCUCACUGUUGCAAAAUACUAUACCCUCCAUAUAUGUAUAUUUAUAAUAGUUUGUGCUUUGUCAUUAUGUAGGGGAGACAAGUUUCGUGUGGCAUUCGCUAUGAUAGGAACUCUUCGAAAUUUACUUCCAGAAAAGACUCAGAUCUUGGCUUUGUCAGCUACAGCAACCAAACCCACAUAUGAUAAUGUUGUGAGUAGACUGUCUAUGGAAAAUGUGAGUGUUGUAGGGCUUUCGCCCAUGAGAGACAACAUAAGAUAUGCUGUUCAAGCAGUGACAUCACUGGAUGACUUCAGUUCUAAACUUGCCACAGGUCUGAGGCAUAUGCAAAACACCUUCCCCAAAAUGGUGAUCUUUUGUACUAAAUACGACAACUGUUGGUCACUGUAUCUUCUGCUCAGAUCAAAGUUGGGAUCCCACUUUACAUUUCCAUCAGAUUGUAUUGAUUUGCAAGAAUUUCGUCUAGUUGAUAUGUAUUCGAGUGCCUCCACAGUCGAGAUGAAAGAAAAAGUUUUGAUGUCAUUUAGUAAAGUAGACAGCACAUUGAGAGUUCUGAUAGCUACAACAGCAUUUGGGAUGGGUGUUGACAUUCCCAACAUUAGGUGGAUUGUUCAUUGGAGUCCUCCAAGACUCAUUGAAGAUUAUGUCCAAGAGACUGGGCGAGCUGGAAGGGAUGGCUUGACAGCAACUGCACUGCUUGUAUAUGGACAUUUGCACAGGACAGUUUCAUCCUCGAUGAAGAAUGAAGACAGUGCAGGAAAAGGAUGUGGUUGUUGUGAUGUUUGUGCACUUAGUUGUGAUUGUGGUAACUGCUGUACCUUUGACCUUCCAGUGAAAUAA